AUGACGAAACUAUUAGACUUGACCAUUGCAGAACUCAACUUGCACCAUACUAAACCAGCUGCAAUCUCUAUCUCGCCAGACACCACAAUCAAGGAUGCGCUGGUCUUGUUGAAGGAGAAGAAUAUUCUAGCAUUUCCGCUGCAAUCACGAUCGAAUGUGGACAAAAUUACCAGUCUCGUUAACGUCUUUGACAUUCUACUCUAUGGAUCUGAUCAAAUUGAGAAGAAGGGUAAACUAGACUUGACCAGGCCUGUUGAUGAAGUUCUCUCUUUGGACGACGACCGUGAAAGUUACUUGAUGCAGGUAUUUGACUAUCGAGACACACUUCGCGAGGUCAUGAACGUCUUCAAAACAGGCCACCAUCACCGAGCAUGGAUCUCGGAUGCCAUGAACGUCCUUCCCUCCUGUAUCAUGACCCAAUCCGACAUUAUCCGAUACACAUACGCACAUCCAGACUUCCAAGUUGGAUGCGAUAAGCAAGCCGACCUCAUUACUCUAGGUCUUGUACCAGACGCACGUCCAAUCCACAGCAUCACUAUAAACGCAACAGCCGUGCAAGGAUUCCAAACCAUGCGCCAACAAAACGUCCUGGCUCUCCCCAUACUUGGUAAACAUAAUGAAAUCAUCAGUACGUUGUCUGCAUCUGAUUUACGUGGGUUGACUGAAGAAAAGUUUGGAAGCUUUAAUCAGCCUGUAAUGGAUUUCUUGGGGUCUACGGCCAAAGUGCCUGUUACUUGUACAGGUGCUGACUCGCUGCAAUCUGUGAUCGACAAGAUUAUUGCCAAACAUGUCCAUAGGGUUUGGGUGGUAGACGGCGAUAAUAAGGUUAUAGGUGUGGUGUCUUUGAGUGAUGUUAUAUCUGCUUUGGCUGGCAAGUAG